GCCUGGACUGUGGACCACACCUCCACGCCGUGGUGGACGCAGUCAAGACGUAUAAAUGAGGGUGCAAAUGCAGAAGAGGGACCAGAGUCUGCUGUCCAGAUCAGAUGAAGAUGGAAAUUGCCAGAGCACACUUGAUGCUUGCAGCUGCAGGCUUUCUCCUGUGGAGCAGCGGUGGAUCUGCUGCACCCAUGGAGUGCCACUUCGACUCAAGAGCACGGUGUGUGUUUGAGGGAAGACACUUCUCACUGGGUGAAACCUGGAUGGACAACGCUUGCAUGCAGUGCACGUGUCUGCACCCGGUUGGCGUCGGCUGCUGCGAGACGGUGCAUCGGCCAGUAGAUUUCCCCGCGUGGUGUCAGGUACGGGUGGAGCCAGUGACCUGUAAAGUGACCCUGGUGCAGACGGCUGAUCCUCGUCUGCCCUGUUUCCCUGGUGACCACCUCAAGGAUCCCAGUCAUGGGUCAUUUCCGCUUCAGCAGCAGCAGCAGCAGCAGCUUCAGCAGCAGCUGUUUGAGGGGUAGAAACUAUAGAAAGCUGCUAAAAUCAGCGACUAUGUGUUCAGCCUGUUUGCCUGUGAAACCAUUACUCACUUCAUCUAAAUAACAGUUACUAUUGUCAU